CUUCAGCAAUCUGACGUCCACGGCAGCUCACUAUCUGUAUUUUCUAGCAACAUUAUGAGUCAGACACGCAUCGUUCGAUCGAAUGGUGUAGCUAAAAUUAUUUCUCUUCGGUGCUUCGUUAUUGCUGUAAACCCGGAGUGUAUUCCGCGGAUGGAGUUGGCUUCAUGUUGCUAGGUUCCGCCACAAAACGAGUUCGGGUUUCGCGGGCGACCAAACAACAAACUUGUUUAGUUUCUGUCAAGAAGACGUCGGUUUCGGUGUCAUUUGGGCGUCUUACGCUUUCGCGACGGACAGCCGGACAAGUUGGACGGGAUCUUCUUUCGAUUUCUUUUAGGAAAUUCAGAAAGUCUAGUGCGGCAGAAUAAGAGUUUCUCGUCUAGAAAGAAAGCCCACUGGGCAGUGUGUAUCGGUUCAUGGUCUUUACUCUGCGCAAUAACCUUCUUCAGUUUUAAUUUAUUGGGCCUGAAAAGUUUCUCUUACUUCGCACGCCUGGUUUUUGGCUAUUUUCUAAUUUUGUACUGUGCGAUUUUGAGGUAAAAAUUGCUUACUUGUAACUACAAGAUUCAUUUCUUGCUGAAAAAAGUUGAAAAAAAAAUGUUUUGCGGUCUCACGAAUGCGGUUUUUGAUGGCAACGGGGUGAUGGCCUGCGGAGGAGUUCUCUUACUGUUCUGAUUUUGGCAACAAAGAUUUUGCAAUCGGUCUCCGGAUGAAAGUGAUGCCGCGGUAGAAGUGUCGGUUUGAAGCUUUAGUUUUUAUUUUCCCAAUUUUCCUAAAGAUUUUUAACAUCGAUGUUUUUCUGCUUUUAAUUGUGAGACCAAGACGUGGGUGGAUGACGCGAUUUUUUUGGCUUUUGUUGUUACCUGUGCCGCGACAGUAAUGGCAGUUGCGAUAAAACACUGCCUGAUAUGGGUAAUUGGUGGAUAAGAGACGGUGACGCGAUCAUGGAUAGUGUUAUCUUAUAAUGAUGUACAUGGAAGCCAUAUGGGAUGGAUGAUUUACGAUACGUUACCCUCAGUGUUGGUUCGUGAUUUAUUGUGAGAUUUGUGGGAAGUACAAAUCUACUUUUAAUAGUGUUCAACUAGAAAUUCGCGAAUGAAAAUUUUUAAAUAUCAAUAAAUCAAAGUGGAUUCACUCACUUUAUUGAAUUUUUUACCAUGGUGAUUUAGACAAGUGGAUAGUCCGAUUUGUUUUAUGUUGCCUGUCUCUGCUGCACUCACCUUUAAUUCACUUUUUGGAUUACGUGGAAAAAGGAUUCUCUCUAUUGUUGCAUGGAAAAUAGUGAUAUUAUUGGAAUUGGGGCACGACCCGGAAUGGAGUGUAUGCCGUUAAGAGCUCCACCCGGUCCUUAUCAUUAUCACCACGUCGCAGACCAAACCAAAUCAUUGCAGGAGUUGCAGAAUGAGGUCGGUGCCUUAUUGGAAUUCCGUGAUUUGGUUAUUGAAACAUUCCCCGAUCUUAAACAUAAGAUGGCAUCGAUGUCAACAACAAAUACUCUUACUGGAAUGGCAUCUGGAUCAUCAUUGGUGUCAAGACGCGAAUGGGAGCCAGGGAUACGUGUAAAGCGGAAAUUAGGACAAAAAGAAACUGCUGAAAUGUCUUCGUCUCUGAUACGAAGUCGUAGUAAUUCCCAUAGUGGUAAGAAAGAACCAAAGAGCGGCGAAGGAAAUGGAAGUGUUGUACAGGAUUCUGGUUUCUCAACGGAAACCAGUUCGUCAAAGGAAGCGCAUAGCGCAUCUUCAACGACGGGUGCUAUGCAGGGAGCUGUUGCAUCAAAUCGCCUGCCAAUCGAUUCUGAUGAUGAACUAUUAAAUCUGCUGGAUGUGAUUCAUCGUAAAAGUAAUCGACUUCGAGAUGAAGUCGAGCAUUUGCAAAACUUAGAACGCGAUAAAUUUAGGAAAACUACAAAUAAUCUAAAUUUAAAUAGUAGUAAUAUUAAUAGUAAUUCUAGUAAUAACAAUAACAACAGUAAUAGCAGUAAUAGUACGAGUACUUGUCUAAUUAAAACAUUUCACGACCAUGUGGCUCGCUUGAGUAAAGAAGAUAUUCAAUUGCUACGAAAGGAACGUGAUCGAUUAUUGGACAAAUUAGCAGAAAUGGAGGCGGAAACAUUAACGGAAAGAAUUAAAUCAACGAAAAUACAAGAUCAAUUUGAAGAGCUGUGCUCCGUUAAGAAAGAACUUGAGGAACAAUUGAAAUUAGCGCUUAGCCAAAAGCUUGAACUGCAUUCACGGUUGCAGGAAUUGCAUAAAGUCUAUCCGACCAAUAAAAAUUUGGCGAGUUCUACGGACUCACCAAAUCAUCGACAAAAUCCUGGAUCUGUGAUGCAAUUAGCUAAUACUGCUACUACCGGGAGCCGUAUUUCCACACGCGCAUAUAGUCCGCCUGCUGCAAGUACAUUUACGCCCGUUCAACUUCUGCAUCAGCUAUCAACAUCACCAGUGACAACCGCUGAUUUAGAUAGCAAUAGCUGCAGUACCACUCCAAAUAGCAAAGCUGCUUUUUAUCCAUUCCAUCAUCAUAGUGAUUAUAAUAAACAAGUUAAAAAUGACUUAAACAACUUGGGUCGUUUGGAUGGACUUGUAAGUUCACCAAAUCGUGUGAAAGUUCGCGUUACCGAUUCAAAAAAAGUUGCUGCCAUAUUGUUAGAAACAAAUGUUUUGGAAUUGCAAAGGCAUUUGUUGACAUUAACCGUUCAAAAUCAGGUUUUAAAUCAGAGACUGGAACAAGCUACUAAAUCAAGGCUUACCCUUUUAGAAAAGUUAGGCAAAUCGAAGGAGGAAAUUGACGAUAUGAGAUUUCAGCUUGAAGAAAAGGACAUCGAGCUGGAAGGUACAAAAGCACAACUUCGUGUCUUGGAAGCUAAGACUGCAUCAUCAAAAUCAGAUUACAGCACGGAAACAAAUCGUUCCUCUUCAACAAUGAUUAUAUCGCCACGAGGCGAUUCACCACCAAUAACGCCUACUCAGAUUUCUACGCCCAGUAUGAAAGCAAUGACUCCAUUAGCUAUGGAGGAAAUUCAACAGCACAGCAGUAGCACUGAAUCGGCUCAAGAUCAAACUGAACGUGAUUCACGUUUGGGCCCGGACACGCCUAAGCGACGUCCAAGUAAAAUACCCCUUCCAGGAACUAAAGGAUAUUUAGCACCAAAACCUCCAACUGGGCGAACGUUUGUUCCCCAGCAGAGGAGUCCUUCAUCCUCUGCUGGUUCUGUGUCAAAUAAGAGUUUAAGUCGUAGUACGGGCAGUCUAUACGGAAAAUCUGGACCGCCAUCGGUCAAUAAGCGUGAAUCCUACUCGUCCAGCCUGAAUAGGCCUGACUCUGCUCAAAGUUUACGAAAAGAUGCUUCAUUAGGAACAAGCCCGGCAAGUCGAAGUUCGACUUCGUCGAUUCCAAUAUCAUCUAAAUCAACACCGUCCCCGCAGCGUAUCAGUAACUCUCCGUUGCCUCGUCCCAAACGGGAUUCACUCACAUCACGUGCCCGCCACUUAGACUCGCUAUCACGCCUUCAUACAUCCAAUACAUCAACGAAUGGCUACAACAGCCAAUCAAAUAGCAAUUCUAGUAAUACAAUGAAUAGCAAUAAUAGUACGAUAACCACUCUGACUGCAACUACAACAAUAACAACUACCGGUUCAGUAACCAAUUUACACAAGGCUAGUUCAAAAAAAGACUUAAGCUCUAGCUUCACGCAGGGACAAUUGCGUGAUCGCAAUAAGGGUGCAGUAUCAGUGCGUCGCGUUAGUAGUGCGUCGAUUGGACGUAAUGCGACAGCAGCAGCGGCCGCUGUUGAUUUGCAACAACAAAGUGAUUCGGAUAGUGGAAAGAUAUUACGAAAAACGGUGAGCUACGACAUACAAGAAUUAAAUCGAUUAAGCAGAUCAUCAUCCUUCUAUGGUCCGUCCUAUAGCACUUCUUCCUCUACUACUUCUACCUCUUCAACACGAAACACACCAGCGACAGCAACUAUAUCAACAUCCUCAUCAACUCCUUCAUCACCUAUGAGAAGCUCUUUUAAUUUCACCAACAAUUCAAAUCGUAGUCGGAAUUACACUGCUCGCGAUUUAAUUCGUGAAUUUAUGGCAAAGAACUGUUCGCCUCCGGCCAUUCUAAAACCAUCAUAUCAACCAUAUGAAUGUCCUAAAGAUUUGGAAUUAGCCUACCAACAUCCUCAGUUGCUGCGUGUUGACCAGAAAGUGGACCAGGACAUUGAUUUGCCUAGUAGUAGUAGCAGUACUAACAUUGAGCGAUACCAGCAAGAAGAAGAAAAAUUCGAUACAGAAUUAUAUCUUAAUCAAGAUGCUAAUGUAGAAAUUUCACAAAACGCGAGGGCUUGUAAAAAUAUUGACAAUCCUAGAAUGAAUAACAACACUCCCUCUUGUAAGUUAGUGGGUAAUGUAGCUGAAAAUCUUGUGAAAACAUGGGAGCGAAUUAACUCAAACUAUUGUAUUGAAAAUACUCAGCGACCAUUUAAAAGUGGGGCUACCAAAAGGGACUUAGUUUUGGCAAGAUCUGUUUCAAAUAAUAGUGAUGAGAGUGAGCCCAUGAUUUACUAUCAGCAGGUCGAUGAGAACAAGGCGAGUUUUCAUGUUAACAAAGUUGUCUACUUGGAAGAUGAGGAGACAUCCGAUAAUUUCUAUGAUAGUAUUGAUGAUGCCAAAAAUUAUGAGAGUGAAACUGAUGAUGACGAUAAUAUCAUUUCGAUGUAUCAAGACGAUGCCGGGGAAGAACUUGCUAACGUUGAGUCCUAUGAAAGGAGACGGCAGCAAUGGUCUUUUGAUAGUGAACUGAAAAUCUGAGCGACGUUAUGAAUACCUUUUACGUAGGUUUGGGCAGGGUCUAGCUUGUUCAUUUACCAAAGUCCUAACAAACAUGUUGAUAACGGAGGAGCAAUGCCUAUUUAGAACUCUCUGAUUUAAAUUUUUUGGGCACAUUAGACUGGGUUUUAAACCAAACAUUAUUACUCGACAGUUAGUUUCGUACAGCAGAAAAGAUAAGUUAAUAGAAUUGUAAGUCCCAUCUGAAAUAUGAUGAAUAGUUUUCACUUAUACUUCAUACGAUACAUCAAUUUCGGCAUCUCGCAAGUAUCCCUUUCCAAGCAAUAUCUUCUUCUAUAUAACUAGUGAAACAGUUGAAAGAAUUGAAAUGACUUUACCUUAAUUUUAAAGCAUGUUAGUCUAGAAACGCGCAUGGAUCUAGUAUGUAACAUUGGAAUAUAUCCAUCGAAUGAUAAUGGUUUGAUUCUGUUUCGCCUUUCUCUUUAUAUUAAGUUCUUCUUCGAAUUGAAACUUUCCAGGGAAAAAAUUGAGUUUUGAAUCACAGUUUCCAUCCAUCUCUUAUUUAAUUUUCCUCCGUUCGAUCGAAUUUAAAGUGUGUCAGAAAAGUGGUGCACAUGGAAAAUUUGAACUUUGAAGAGUUGUUAUAAAUAGCACCGGCUAUUAUUUGAUGUUGACGAUUCGGGCGUUUUUUUUAGAUAUUUGUGAUGUUCAGUUUUUAAAGUUUAUUUAUUUUCAAAAUUAAUAAUUCUCAAGGACGUCUAGCGAAUAGGUUUUGCGACUCUAGAGAAUCCAAGGCUUGGGUUUGAAAAUUCUGUAGUCUUUCCACAAAUUACCACCUUUGGUUUUUUACUAACUUUUCUGCUCAAUAUCUAAGAUGUCGACGAACUUUAUAUUAUUCUCAAAGUAUGUCCCAAGUAUUCUGCAUUCUUUCUUUGAUUGUUUCCACAAUCAACGGUGGAUUGUGGUAGUAAACUUAAGCUAAACAUGAAAUUCACAUCAGCAAAUAACAUUCAACGAUGCUUUAUAAGAGAAAAUAUGAUUACUGCGAGCGAUUGCUUUAGAUAAUUUACAGUAAAUAAAUUCAUGAUCAGCCUUCAGAGAUGCAAAAUUGUGAGCUUUUCGAUAAUGCACGAAAAAUUACUUAACAUUAUUUACUGCAAUUCUACAAAUUACUCAAUCCGAAUUUGUAGAAAUUACUUCUUAUUUGAAUAGUCUACAUCACAUUUAAAGCGGUAAAAAUCAAUAUGUGUGAUUGAAAUAAUAUAAUAUAAAAUAAAAUUAUACAAAUGUCCACGUUGAUAAAUCAUUAUUACUGCUAUUGUUACUGCUACAAAUAUGAAUAUAUACCACACAUUCAAAUUUAAAUAACUACUAUAUUAUUAUAUAUUGCAAGUAUAUAAUCAAGAAUAUAGAUGAACAUUUAAAAGAAUUGAAAAUACAAUUUUUACACUAUUACAUAAAAUAAUCUAAAAUCUAGAUGCGUUGUAAGUAAUAUUUUGUAUUUAAAUUAUAAAGAAACAUGAAAAUGAUGAAAAUCAGGAGCAAAACAAAAAACAUUAUACAAUGAUAGCCAGAAAGAAUAUAAAUAAUACCGCAACACUAUUCUAUUCUUAUUAUUUUGUACUUUAUAUCUAAAAUGCUUUAUAUGAAACUAGUAUUAAAGAUACACAUCAUAAAUAUGAUCUUUUAAUCGAGAAAAAAAGUGAAGAAAUAAUAAUAUAACUAUGCAGUGUAAGAGAUAAUUCUUAAUUCUUGUGUAGGGCGCUAUAUUAUAAAUUAAAGUGAAUGAUGAAAGAUAUGCGUUGAGAUAUAUUGGUUAUGUAAAAUAUAGAAUUUUAAGCUAUUAUUUUCGACAAGAGUGAUGAUGAUAUGUAAAUACAAAUGAAAACAAAAUGAAAGAGUAAUUGAAAAUAAAAGGAAAAGAAAACAUUAUUCAAUUAUAA